AUGGAGGUCAAUUGCUUAGCUUUUAAUCCCUUUAACGAAUGGGUUGUUGCGACUGGGUCCACUGACAAAACUGUUAAACUAUUUGAUCUACGCAAAAUCAGUACUUCACUCCACACCUUUGAUUGUCACAAGGAGGAGGUUUUCCAAGUCGGCUGGAAUCCUAAAAAUGAGACUAUCCUUGCUUCUUGCUGCCUUGGCCGGAGACUAAUGGUGUGGGAUCUUAGCAGAAUUGAUGAAGAGCAAGCAAUAGAGGAUUCUGAAGAUGGUCCGCCGGAAUUGCUUUUUAUUCAUGGGGGUCACACAAGUAAAAUAUCCGACUUCUCGUGGAACCCAUGUGAAGAUUGGGUCAUUGCUAGUGUCGCUGAGGAUAACAUUCUUCAGAUAUGGCAGAUGGCAGAGAACAUCUACCAUGAUGAAGAUGAUUUGCCGGAGGAAUCCACAAAGGCUUCUUAAUUUUAGGUUGGUGAAAUUGAGUAGUCAAAGGAGGAGAAAAAAAAAAAAAAAA